AUGUCUGCCUCGUACUAUGAGCCUCAGGGCUGGCAAGCUCCUACUGCCCGCCAGGCCUCAUGGGAACAGCCGGCGCCGCCCUCUCGGUCGGGAUCGAGCUCCGUUUCCCAGCGCGAUGACAGUCCGGCCUUUUCUUCCCAAUUUGACGAGAUCGACCGUGCCAUUGACAAUCUCGUCAAAAGUGGCAAGCUGUGGACUGCUCCGCGCCGGGACUCGAUGCCCAUGAUGAUGGGUCGUCCCUAUCCUGAGUACGACCCUCGCAUGGGUGGUAGCCCGCAGCGACACCACUCCAUCAGCGAGCUCGACAACACUCGCAUGCACCCGGCGGGCAACGCCCAAGGCUUCUAUGCCGCACAACGGUACCAGGGCCGACCCAACGAGGUAGAGCAGAUGAUGCAGGCAAAGCGUCGGAUGGCAGCACAGCGUGAACGGGAGCUCCGCAACUACCACCAGGAGCAGCAGUACAAUCGAAGCCUCCUCGCCGAAAUGUCGGCCAGCAAAUCCGAUCGGUCCAACAGCCCCGCGGCGCCGAGUGAAGAUAGUCGACGUGAUCUUCUAGCCCGCCAGCAUCGCGCCUUGUACGGCAACGAGAGUCCCGCCUUCUUCCCUCCCGGUCCGCUCGCGGACGACAAUGCCAACCGGGUCGACACUCCCAGCGCCGGCACCCCAACUUCGUCUGCCCGUGCCGCUUCCCCUCGCGGUAGCGGUCCCUUUGGCGUGGGCCACGCGGGGCCUCUCUCGGCCGACGGGACCUCUGGUCUUCAGUCUCCCAAUCGGGCCAACAGCACCUCUUCACCAAGCUCGGCCAUCAAUGCAGGCUUCCCCCAGCAGUCCGGUACCUCAGCGUCCUCGCCUGGAGCGGCCGACUCGCCCUCUUCGCGACAAGGUUCCACAUCCAAGUCGUCAACUGGACCUAUUGGCGCCGUGGGACUCAUUGGCUCGCGCCCCGUGUCUGGACCAUCCACCUCCGCUUCAAUUUCCAACCCAGCGCUGAGCAAGCCGCGUUCGACAACCCCACUUCCGUCUCCGCUGGGUUUCGGGUUUACUCCAAAUGAGGCCGCCGCUGCCACUGGGGAGCGUUCCGCGUCUGUCUCCUCGACUCCCGCUGUCCCCACGACUACUGCUUCAAAUGCCAAAGACUCAUCGGGCGGCGUCAGCCUUGGCUGGAGCAACAACAGUGGUGUCUGGAGCUCCAAGAGCGGACUUGGAGUGCAGGCUUCCGUCUGGGGUUGA